AUGGCCUGCUACGACCUCUGCCGCCCCUGCGGACCCACCCCGCUGGCCAACAGCUGCAACGAGCCCUGUGUCAGGCAGUGCCAGGACUCCACCGUCCUCAUCCAGCCCUCCCCCGUCCGCGUCACCUUCCCAGGGCCCAUCAUGACCUCCUUCCCCCAGAGUACCUUCGUUGGAUCCACCGCAGGGGCUGCCCUGGGCACGGAGCUCAACGUCCAGGGACAGCCCAUCUCCGGCGGCUUUGGGGCCGGAGGCUACGGCCUGGGCUAUGGCCGUGGCUUUGGCUACGGCCUGGGAGGCCUGGGCUGCUCUGGCCUGGCAGGCCUGGGCUGCGCCGGGCCCCUCCACACCACACCCAUGGCCUGCUACGACCUCUGCCCGCCCCUGCGGACCCACCCCGCUGGCCAACAGCUGCAACGAGCCCUGUGUCAGGCAGUGCCAGGACUCACCGUCCUCAUCCAGCCCUCCCCCGUCCGCGUCACCUUCCCAGGGCCCAUCAUGACCUCCUUCCCCCAGAGCUCCUUCGUUGGAUCCACCGCAGGGGCUGCCUGGGCACGAGCUCAACGUCCAGGGACAGCCAUCUCCGGCGGCUUUGGGCCGGAGGCUACGGCCUGGGCUAUGGCCGUGGGCUUUGGCUACGGCCUGGGAGGCCUGGCUGCUCUGGCCUGGCAGGCCUGGCUGCUCCGAUCCCAAAACCAAGGGAUUUGGGUUUUGGGUUCCCUUCCAGCCCCCCAAAAAGGCCCCCAGGACCCCGAGGAGCUGACGAGCGACAGUGUGAGGAGCAUCAGCGUCAACACCCUGUUCCUGCUCAGCACCACCGUGGACAGGAUGAGCCACGUGCUGUGGCCCUUCCUGCUGGAAUUUGUCACCCCCACCCCCUUCACCAACGCCCUGACCCCGCUGUGCAAGAGCCUCACGUUCCUGGCCCUGAAGAGGCAGGAGGAGGGAGAGGACGGGGCCCGGAUCCGCUACGACCUCAACGCCAACCUUCCCUCUCCCCACGCUCUGACCACGAGGCUCCUGGUGGUCUCCUCCCAGCCCUGUGGGGACGGCCGGGGCGCGGCCGCCCUGCGCCUGCUGCACGUCCUGCGCUGCAGCGUCCACCCCGCCCUGGAGCAGCUCUGGGACAAGAGCAUCCCCCUCCUGGUGGAGCACCUGGAAGAGAACACGGAGAAGUCCCUGUCCCAGCAGGAAUGGGAGGAGAAGCUGCUGCAGUUCCUGCAGGACAGCCUGGCGGCCGUGCCGGACAACGCCUGGAGCUGCCCCUUGGUGACCGAGAUGUGCCGCCAGCUGAGCAGCUACAACGGCUCCCACCUGGAAAAGAAUUUCCUCUAUAAAUGCAUCGGGACGACCCUGGGAGCCUGUGCCAGCAAGGAGCUGGUGCAGAAGCAGCUCCAGGAGCUCCUGGAGACAGCCAGGUACCAGGAGGAGGCCGAGAGGGAGGGACUGGCUUCCUGCUUCGGGAUCUGUGCCAUGAAUCACCUGGAGGAGACCUUGGCCAAGCUGGAGGAUUUUGUGAGGUCUGACGUGUUCAAGAAAUCCGUGGGGCUCUUCAGCAUCUUCAAGGACCGGAGCGACACGGAGGUGGAGAAGAUCAAGAGCACCCUCAUCCUGUGCUACGGGCACGUGGCCGUGGCCGCGCCCCGCGAGCUCAUCCUGCCCCGCGUCGAGGCCGACAUCCUGAGGAACAUCUUCCAGUACUUCCACACCAAGGUUCUGGGGAUAAAAGUAGAGACCAAGGACCUGACGCUGAAGCUGUGCCUGAUCCGCAGCCUGGCCAUGCUGUGCCAGGCCGUGGCCCCCGGCAAGGGCCCCCCCGGCUUCGUCCUCGCCCGCAAGGCCGAGCUCGUCGCACACAUGGUGGAAUUCAUCCGGGCCGAGCCCCUGGAGAGCCUGCGGACGCCGCUGCGCCAGCGGGCCAUGCUCACCUGCACCCACCUGGUCCCCCUGGAGCCCCCCCUGAGUGACCCGGACCGGACGGAGCUGCUGGACACCUGCCUGGCCAGUGUCCUGGCCCUGCCCCCUCUGGAGCAGGAGAACGGGGGAGAUUCCUCACCUGGACAGGUGCUCUUUGGGGACACCCUCAGUGCCCUCAAGGACCUGCUCAAGAGCCUCCUGCACAGGAACCUGACGCCCCACGGGCUCCAGGACAUGUUUGCGCACCUGGGCCCCUGGAUCAAGUCCCCCCGGGAGCAGGAGCGGGAACGGGCGGUGGAGCUCAGCGCUUCCCUGCUGGAAUUCUACCUGAGCAAGCUCAACGUCAGCACUGUGACCCCCUUCUACAACCUGAGCGUGCUCCUGGCCCUGUUCUCCCCGCGCUGCUCCGACUCCCUGGCCGGCGUCCGCCUGCGCUCCGUGGACUGCGUCCGCUCCCUGCUCUACAUCCAGCUCUGCUACGAAGGUUUCUCCCGGGACCACAGGGAUGAGAUGGUGGAGGGGCUGAAGGGGCUGAAGAAAGGCCUGGAGGAGCCCGACUUCACCGUCCUCUUCCACACCUGCACCACCAUCGCCAUGGUGGUUGGGAAGCGGAUCCCUCCGGAUCAGCUCCUGAACCUGCUGCUGGCCCUCUUUGAGGGGCUGGGGGAUCCCGACAGGAACUGCUCCCGCGCCGCCACCGUCCUCAUCAACUGCCUGCUCAAGGAACGGGGAGGGGUCCUGCAGGACAAGAUCCCCGACCUCGUGAGCAUCAUCCACGGGAAGCUGGAGGAGGUGGACGAGGAGCACCUGCGGAAGGCGGCCCAGCAGACCGUGUACAUCCUGGCGGCCCAGCACUCCAGCCUCGUGGUCUCCAGCCUCCUGGGCAGCUCCCUGCCCUUCGACAGCCACACCUGUGCCAUGUGGAGGUCCCUGGCCGUGGAUCCCGCCCUCACCUCCCAGGUCCUGGAGCAGCUCCUGGAGCAGCUGAGCCGGGACAUCCCCUACAAGGAGAGCAAGAGCUUCCUGCUGGGCGGGGGGGCCGAGCGCGUGGCCACCGCCCUGCCCCUGGCUGCCACGUGCGCUCUCCACGAGCUGCUGUCGGCCCCCGAGGCGGGUCCGGCCGUGCUGGGGCUCUACCCGGCCCUCUUCGGGACCCUCCUGCUGCGCCUCAGCUGCUCCCUGGGGGUGCAGCUCCCCAAAAACCUGCAGGGCAGGGACAGGAGGGGCCACGGAGCCGCCGCCCGCAGCCUCCAGCCCGGCAGCUGUGCCGUGGAGACGCUGCGGGCGCUGCUGCUGCGGGGCGGCAGCGAGGAGGUGGCCCGGGAGGUGGGCGAGGCCGGGGCCUGGGAGCUCCUGGCCAGCCCGGAGCGGCACCACGACGGCGUCGCCCUGCUCGCCAGGUAAGGCCCGGGCAUUCCGGGAUU